AUGCGUGAGCGCACUGUGGCAUGUGCCAGCCAGAGAGGCGAAGCCCGCGGCGGCGCGCGGACGAUGACGCGCUGGCUGAGGGCUACGACGCUUCUCCUUACUAUAGCGAACCUGCACGCUUGGAGACCACCGCCGCAGCCCAUCCUACUAACGAACACUUCCCACAUCAGGCUACCGAGACACGCGAGAAGUAUACAUCACCUGCAUAUCCUCGGAUGGCACCUGGAGUUGCAGGAGAAUCGAGCGAUUCGAUCGCCGUAUUACAACCAGUGUCAGUUUUAUAAGGGACGUAUUUUGUAUGAAGAAGAAUCAACAGUCACGGUGACAGAAUGUGAGGGCCAGCUGUACGGGUUGCUGCAGGUUCGCGGCGAGGACUUUGUGUUGCAGCCGAAUAGACCGGACGGGAGUCAUGUGUUACGACGUCGUGAUGUGCUCGUGUCCGAACAGCCAGCGAUGUACAACCUCACAGGGGACACAGUGACUGACCUUGACAUCGACUUCGAGGAAGAUGGCCCUAAAACUUCCGCCCAUGUUCAUACUCGACAAAACUAUCAAUCGGACAUCGAUUAUUUUAGAAGCAUGCUCCCUGUUACAAGACCAGUGUCAGGUGGUAAAGGCCUCUGGCUGGAGCUAGCCAUAGUUGCCGACCACACAAUGGUUAAAUUCCAUGGACGUGAACGAGUGAAACACUAUAUCUUAGCUAUAAUGAAUAUUGUCAGUGCCAUCUUCAACGACCACUCCCUUGAUUCAAACAUGACGCUCGUUAUAAACAAACUGUUUCUGUAUGAGGAGAAAGAUUCGGUGAUCAAAUAUGGAAACGUUAAGAAAUCACUUGAGGCAGUCAACAAAUGGAACUAUCGACACCUCAUGAAGCUACCAGCUGAUAGCACGGGUUGGGACGCAACUGUAUGGCUAACACGUGCGCAAUUAGGGGGACCAUCGGGAUUUGCCCCCGUUGGCGGAGUCUGCACCCGGACAAGAUCUGCUGCUAUUGACAGAGACGAGGGGCUCACUAGUGCUUUCGUCAUCGCUCACGAGCUGGGACAUCUGUUGGGUUUGACACACGAUAGUGAUGAACAGUGCGAAUCUGAAGGAAACCGAGGUUCAGUAAUGGCACCAACAGUAUUGGCGACGCUGCAUAAUUACGCAUGGUCUUCUUGUUCACGGGAACAGUUCCACGAGAAGUCUAAGAAGUGGUGGUGCCUUCAUGAACGGAGCCAGGACGAUGGUGUUGAAUUAGGCGGUGCCAAAGAGCUUUAUAAUUAUGUUUUCACCAUGGAUGAACAGUGCCGUACCGAGUUUGGGGAAGGAUUCUCAGUAUGUAAGUCGGUGAAAGUAAGGUCGGCGUGCGCCAAACUGUGGUGCGCUCAUCGUGCCAUGCCCCACGUAUGUCGUUCAAAACGAGCGCCACCUUUAGAAGGGACGCCUUGCGGAACAAAUCAGUGGUGUGUUGAUCGUGUUUGUGAGCCGAUGCCAGGUCAUGGUGUUGAUGAUAAGAAUAAGGAAGUAGAAUCGAAAACACCGCAAUGGGGUGAAUGGAGUCAGUGGAGUGAUUGUAACACUGAGUGUGGGUACGGCCUUCGAUCACGGACACGGAGAUGCAAAUAUAAAGGGGUGACUUCAACAUUAUGCGAAGGUGCGGGUUCCCAAGUAUCUACAUGCUGGACCGGAGCACCCUGUGCUAGCACAAGGGACGCGAGAUCUGACGCUUGUUCCAGACAGGCAACUAAUUUAAUACCUCAUCUACAUAUUGAUGAAUCUAAUCACUGUGAGACAUGGUGUGUGGAUUUCGCUGGUGGUAAUCCUUCCAACUAUGGACCACUACCCGAUGGAACACCCUGUAGUUAUGAGAGACCUUACGAUCUUUGUUAUCAGGGCACAUGCGUGAAGGGGCAAUGCAACGCAACGGAUCCGGUGUGCAACUGGUGUCCUGAUGGUUACUGCAACAAUAAUACACACAUAUACACGCGACAACUGGGCAAAGGUUGGACACGUUUGACGGUAAUACCUCACGAAGCCGCACAGCUUUCAGUUCACAUAGCCACCCCCGUACCACUAAACAUAGCGAUACGUGAGCGACGCCGUGACCGUCCAAUACUACAAUUGACAAAACAUUCUAGAACUAUCGAGAUAGAUCACAAACAAGACGAAAAUCACAAACAGGGGCAGGAUUAUUUGAAGUACUACGUGCCACAGAACUUGCAAAUCAUAGAUGUGGAUAGCAAUGUUUUGGAUAUAAAAGAACGCUUCGGGCUCGAAGGAGAAGUAGCAGCCGCUGGUAGUCUCUUAAGAUGGACUCAGACUGAAUCUGAUGUAAUGAUAACAUCAACAUCAAGAUUACAAACUGAUUUAAUGAUAAUGGCUGUUCCGACCACAUCUACUGAAGACACGAUCGCUGUGGAGGUAUCUGUCAACUACAGUACACCUGCCGGCCGUACACGGCCUUUGGAGUACAGAUGGUCGAGCGAACGCGGUCCGUGUUCCGUAUCUUGUGGUGGUGGAUUGCGCGCGGUACGACCCCGAUGUCAACGAGGCGGUCAGACAUGCGGCCCGGUGAGAUAUGAAACUUGCAACUCGAACAGUUGUGACAACGUUUGGGCUCCGGCCGAGUGGGAGGAAUGCAGUUCAACUUGCGGUCAAGAUGGCUACCAAGAGCGUCAGCUGUUUUGUAUUCCAGCUAAUAUAAGUGUAACAACAAAACAUGAACUCAUAAAACACAGCGUAUCUCCCGCUCUAUGCCCAGCAUCAAAGCCAGCCAAGACACAACCCUGCAAUAGGAUACCUUGCCCUGUUUAUUGGCAAGAAAUGCCUUGGACACCGUGUUCCACUACUUGCGGCCGCGGAGUUUCCCACCGGCCUCUUUCGUGCCCCGCUUCAGACCCUGCUCUCUGUGGACCGAAGCCUCGAGAGCGAAGACGACGCUGUCGUCUCCGUAAGUGCCCCAGACCUCCAACUCCCUGUCCAGAAACUGAUGCAACCCAAUACUGCGAACUAUUCACCAGCGAUCAGUUAGAAAGAAACUGUGUCGUACCGCCGUUCAGAAAAUACUGUUGCAACGCCUGUCAGUACAUCAGGAAAAGGGGAGAGUAG